UUUUAUACAUUUCUUACCUAAAUUUCUUUAAAAAAAAUAAUGUUAAAUUGUUUAAAUAAAAAGAAAAUCAAUUCAAUUCUACCUAAAGAUUAAUGUCACAUAUUUAUAUUGUUUAAAUUAACUUGUGUGAAACCCAUAACAACUUUGUAUGAACAAAUUGUACUUUGUAAAAAUCGGCGAUAUUGUAAUAAAAAAACAAAUUAUAUUCAGUUUCAUUGAAUUGUGAAACAUUUUUUCUUAAUUGAAAUGAGUUUUAAAUUAUACUAAAAUCCAAGUUAUUUAAAAUCCUCAAUCCAAGAUCAAAACAUAAAACAACUCGUGGCCGAUGCAUAACACGACGUUUAUAAACAAUGAUCCCUUCUCAUUCGUAAAUACCCAAUAAAUUAUUACUUUUUCUCCAAAUUUACAAGAUUUUGCCAAAGUCCACACUAUGGACAUACCAACAUGCCACAUUUGCGGCACCACACAAUCCUUGCUGCGCUGUGCAAAGUGCAAAACAAUUUACUACUGUUCCACCAGUCACCAGCACAUGGAUUGGCCAUCUCACAAACUAGAAUGUCGUCGUUUGGCCAAACAAAAACUGCUCCUUCAACAGCAGCACCAACAACAACAACAACAACAACAUCAGCAUCAAAUGCAAAACAACAACCGGCCACUCAGUCAUCAAACAAUAACAUCAAACAAUGGAGGAGGCGGUGUCAACAUUGAAAGUCUUGACAGUAGUUUGCAAUCGUUUGGAGUGGCUGCCAGUUUCGAUGACAAUAAUUGGGCUAGUCUAUUCGAUUGCGAUAUAGACAGCAUCAUAGCUGGCAGUGGAGAUGGAAUGGAGAGUAGUAGCUUUGCGGAAAUGACAAAUGGAGAAGCUAAUCUUUUGGCUGGAGUUAAUGGAAUGUCAUUGGUGCUGGGAACUAAUGAAGCAGAGAUUAUGAAUAGCCAGGCGGAAAUUGUGUCGCAAAGUCAACAACAGAAUAUGCGAAUAUUUGAUAACACUUUGGCAAGUGUUGGCAGCGGGAUUGGGAUUGGUAUUGGUGGCGGUGGAAGCGGUUUGAGUGGUGGAGGUGAUAACGGACCAUCAUACUGCAUUGGACGAGGUGACGAGAAUUAUCUUUUGCAGGCCAAUAUUGGAGGAAAUGAACGGAAUGAAGAACUCUGUCGGAAUAUAAUCAAUGACAUGAAUACCUAUGGAUUAUCCGUUGUCGAUGACUUCCUUGGUAUGGAAAAGGGUUUACGAAUACUGAAUGAAGUUCAUGGGAUGUAUGCAGCUGGAGUUUUCAAGGAUGGACAAUUAGUGUCAUCGAACCAAAUGGCUGGUCAGGAUUUACGAACAAUUAGAGGUGAUAAAAUAACGUGGGUGACAGGUGUUGAACCUCACUCUGUAAAUGUUGGAUACCUUAUUAAUCAAAUUGACGCUCUCAUUACCCGCGCCAACGCAAUGAAAAACAAUGGAAAAUUAGGAAACUACACAAUAAGAGAAAGAACAAAGGCAAUGGUUGCAUGCUAUCCAGGCUCUGGUUCCCAUUAUGUGAUGCAUGUUGACAAUCCUAAUAAAGACGGCAGAGUAAUAACCGCCAUAUAUUAUCUCAAUGUUAACUGGGACACAAUCCGCAGUGGUGGUGUUUUAAGAAUAUUUCCCGAACACGGUGGAUCGAUAGCGGAAAUUGAACCAAAAUUUGAUAGGUUAAUAUUUUUCUGGUCAGAUAAACGUAACCCGCAUGAAGUACAACCCGCCCAUAGGACACGAUAUGCCAUAACCGUAUGGUAUUUCGAUGCCGAAGAGCGUGAGACGGCUCUCAAUCGUUGCAAACAAUACAAAAAUAAAACAAAUAAUAGUAAUUCAACAACAAAAAGUAAAAGCACGUCAAACUCAACGACAAAUACAAAUCCAAGUGAUAUUUGUACGUAACAAAGAAUUUCAAAAUGCCAUCGUACCUAGACACUCAAACGUAUAAAUAUUUCUCUUCUUUUUAUACGCCUAUAUAUUUUUCUUUAUAUAAACACAUUUUUAUCAUUUAGGUUAAUAACUAUUUAAAUAAAAAAAUCAAUUAAGUA